UUUAUUGUAAACAAAGGUGAUUUCCAUCCAUCUAUUCACUCGCUCAAGAUAUUUGCAUGAAUUGGUCAUACCCAAACUAAGCCGAGGAUUACUAAAACGCCAUGAUUAUACGCUAAUUGUCGGGAAUUAACAAAAAUAUAAACACACACAGAGACAUAUUAAGUGGAUUAUUAUUGAUCUUGUAAUGAAAUAAAAAGUGGGACUCAAUAGCACCUGCCACCUUCGAACUAACUACCAAGUGAUCCAGCAAUAUUUAUCGAAAGACAUACACGCGCACACACACAUGGACAAUUACAAGAAGAUCACCUCCAGCAGCAGCAGUAUUUUAUCAUUUUUCUAUCUGCGUUUUUAGCAUCUCCAACACCUUGUCAUUGUUAUUGGAAUUGGAAUUAUUGCCAUUGUUAAUUAGUAGUGAAUUCGGUUUCAAUCUUUUUCACAUUGAACAAAUGUCAAAUCAAAAAUUAAAGUGCAAUUGAAAACACAAACAAAAACAACACAAAACAUAAAUAAAUUAAUAAUUUUGUAUUUUAUUUCAAUCAUUUAUUCGUUAAGCGAAUACCGCCGCAUCCACAACAAGAAACUAUUUCGAAAAUGUUGUCUUAUCUUUUUAAAUUGUUGGCGAUCAUCACUUUAUUGGCAGCAGCAGCAACAUCGACACAUGGCGCCGCUGUGGAACACAAUCCCAAAAAACGACAAAUCUAUCGUGAGCAGGUUUUACCACAUGCCGGUGGCAGGAUACCCGAUACAGCGUUCGAGACAGAUCGGUUAUUUCUGAAUCAGUUACAAAAGGAUGGCAUUGCAGUACCGGAUGGCAUUCUACCAGAACAGCGUAAUCCUCAAGUCUAUCCCUUCUUCAAUCGUCCCUCGCGCAAUGUAUUUCGCAUUGCCUUGAGCUCGGACGGCCGGUAUAUACCGCAGGAGGGACGUUAUCAUUAUCAAGAAUUACCAUCGAUUGAGACCACCUAUUUGUAUCCACAAAUACAUGGACAAAAGACGACAUUGUCACACGACGGUGUAACUCUGCCCGUCUACAGUCCGUUUCGCAUUCACAAUCCACUACUGAAUCAAGUGAAAUUCCAACCCAAGGAUAAAUCCCAAUUUCAAAAUGUCUCACCGUUCGGUGGCAACAAGCCCCUGGCUAAGGCCAAAUCCUAUCAAAAUGUGAACAUUUUGAAUUCACCAUUAACGCCGUUGGCUGGAGCAAAGGUAUCGCUGGUACAACAACAGGGUGUCAGCGGUGGAGGACCUAAAAAUUAUUUACCCGAUUAUACGUUGACCAGUCAGAGUCAUCUAUUCAAUGAUUUUGAUGAAUUAUUUAAUCAAUUCGAUGUAAAUGACGGUAAUGCCAAGAAAUCUCAAUCAUAUUCCAGGAUCAACACCAAUGGACAACAGCGACAGCAUCAUCAUGUCUUAACGUAUUAGAUAGAAUAUUAUUAGUUUUGUAUAUUUUUUAUUAUUUUAUAAUUUAGUUUCUAAGCAAACAAUUUCUAUACCUUUUGUAUAUCAAUAUUGAAAAUUUGAAAAUAAAUUUACAUAGAGAAGUAUUUUUUUUAAA